AUGCAGGUUACAGACGCAGAUAACACUGAUGUAGUGAAAGUUGAGAUAACAGAAGAUCUGUAUACGUGGGAUCAGGUGAAGACUGAGGAGGGUGAAGUUCCUAUAAAUACGGCUAAAGGGCGUCUAGAGGAAAACCCGGGCACUGGGCUAUUUAAUGUGAAGGAAGAGGAUGAGACAGAUGACAUGAAUAGUCAUCAGACUGAAAUACAUUGGUCCCUCCCUGCCGAUGAAGAUAAUGCUGAAAUAGUCAAAGUUGAGAUAACAGAAGAUCUGUGUAUGAAGGGCCAACUGGGAGCCCCGGAUGAGGAAACCAGUGACAUUAUCAGCCCAGGUAGCUCCACAAGCUGCAAUAAUCCUAGUCAUGAUCUGAGUACAGAUACUUCUUUCGAUCUUUUCAAAAAUAGAAGAUGCUACAUAGGAAACGUAUGUUCUGAAUGCGGGAAAUGUUUUACCAGGAAAUCACAUCUUAUUAAUCAUCAGAGAAUUCAUACAGGAACAGGGGAAUUUUCAUGUCCUGUAUGUGGAAAAUGUUUUACGUGGAAAUCACAACUUAUUAUUCAUCAGGAAAUUCAUACAGGAGAAAAAAGAUUUUUAUGUUCUGAAUGUGGGAAAUAUUUUGCUCGGAAAUCUACUCUUUUUAUUCACCAGAAAAUUCAUACAGGAGAAAGAGCAUUUUCAUGUUCUGAAUGUGGGAAAUGUUUUACUCAGAAAUCUACGCUUAUUAUUCAUCAGAAAAUUCAUACAGGAGAGAAAGAAUUUUCAUGUUCUGAAUGUGGGAAAAGUUUUACCAAGAAAGCAAAUCUUAUUACUCAUUAUAAAGUUCAUACAGGAGAGAGAGACUUUUCAUGCUGUGAAUGUGGGAAAUGUUUUACCAAGAAAACAAAUCUUAUUACUCAUCAAAAAAUUCAUACAGGAGAAAAAGCAUUUUCAUGUUCUGAAUGUGGGAAAUGGUUUACUCUAAAAUCAACUCUUAUUAGUCAUCAGAAAACUCACACAGAAGAAAGGGCAUAUUCAUGUUCUGAAUGUGGGAAAUGGUUUACUCGGAAAUCAUCUCUUAUUAAUCAUCAGAAAGUUCAUACUCGAGAAAAGGCAUUUUCUUGUUGAAAUGUUUUACUUUGAAAUCAAAUCUUACCACUCAUCAGAAAUUUUAUAUUAAAGAGAAAACCUUUUUAUGUGAUGGUAAACGUUCUCCUUUUGUUAAAACAGAUCCAGAAUGUUAGCAAUAUUCUAGAUGGAGUUGAAUUCAUCAGUUGUAAUAUAGAUGCGCUAUAACUUGUUGUAUAAUGUAGCACUGAACUUUUAAUAGCCAGUGCACUGGCUAGCGGUUUCAACUAUCUCCAAUCAGCGCUCUAGCCAUACAGCACUUUAGUUGUUGCUAGAACACAGAUUGGAGAACAGUUCAAACCUUUAGCUCACAAAAAAAUAAAUUACUUUUUAAGUGGCCAUCCGAAGCACAAGGUAAUUUCAGAGCUACAUUAAAAAGUAAGUAAAAGCGCAUCUUUUUUUCAACUGAUUAAUUAAACUUCAUCAAAAAUACCACUAAUAUUUAUAAAAAGGGCAAAGUUUACCAUCACUUUAAUGUUCUGAAAUCAGAUUUUACCACCUUAAGUACAGAGAAGGACAUGUAGUUGUCAUCGGCACAAUGCCUAGAGUCUUAAUGACUACAUGUCAUCCUCCUUGUGAGGGUGCAUUUUCAGAGAUGGUAAUAACACUCCUGCACUUCAAGCAGUUAUGAGGUGGGCAUGUGUGUGUGACAUCGGUGAUAUCAUCAAGCCCAGGAAGUGCCAGGCUGCUGCAGAGUAGAGAAGGGAGCUGGAUUGGGUUUGAGUAUUAAAACCCCUUGAUAGCUUCCAUAAGACCAAGAAGAACCUAAGACCCACCUUUUGACAAGCAAUUGUCUGUUCUUUCAAAUGUGUCUUCCUUGGGAAUAUUAAUUUUAAGCAUAUUUAAAAUUAAAAAACAAACAGAUUUUUGUUGUGAUAGGUUCUCUAGGGCUAUAAUGCCUAAUCAAAAAGGCCUACAGAUUCAGAAGACCACUAUUUUAAAGCCCAGGAGGCCCUCUGUUUAAAAAGACAGGUGAUAACUGUGGUAAUAGUUAUCACCUGGUGUAAAUAAAAUGUGUAUUUAUUUGCAUAAAUCCUCUAUGUGCAGGUCAAAGUUAUAUAAAUAUACCUUAAAGUCCUUGUUUAUAUGAAGAUAAACACUUCUUUGAAAUUUAGGUACUUGUGAGGGCAUUUAGUCAGGUGAUCACUGAGGUGACAGCUUUACCUAUAUGAAAUUUAAAUUGACCAGGUGUAUCAAAAGUGCAAGAUGCCCUCCAAAAGACAGUGGAUUAGAAUAGUCCCCCUGGCUGCAGCAUGCAAUAUCAAUUUGUAUUUAAAUUGUUUAUAGCUACUUGUAUAUAUGAAAUGCAUUGUGCUGAAAUGUAACAAAACAAUUUUUAUUUUUAAAUGUUUAAUUUAAUACAUAAACAAUGUGAAUUAUUCUAUGCUUAUUUCUCUUGUAAGGUGUAUCCAGUCCACGGGUUCAUCCAUUACUUGGGAUAUUCUCCUUCCCAACAGGAAGUUGCAAGAGGACACCCACAGCAGAGCUGUCUAUAUAGCUCCUCCCCUAACUGCCACCCCCAGUCAUUCUGUUGCAACUCUCGACAAGAAAGGAAGCAUCAAGAGAUAUGUGGUGACUUAGUGUAGUUUUACCUUCAAUCAAAAGUUUAUUUUUAAACGGUACCGGCGUUGUACUGUUUUACUCUCAGGCAGAAAUUAGAAGAAGAGUUCUGCCUGGAGGUUUGAUGAUCUUCGCGGUUUGUAACUAAGGUCCACUGCUGUUCUCACACAUAACUGAAGAGCAUGGGACAACUUCAGUUGGGGGAACGGACUGCAGAUUACCUGCUUUGAGGUAUGUUCAGUAUUUUUAUUUCUAGAGAGAUGAAAUGAGUUCUAGAAAAUGCUGACAGAGCCUUGUGUAUAUUGAGGUAAGCCUGAUGCAGUGAUUUAACAGCGACUGGGAUCAUGCUUACAAAACAGGGUAAUACUCAUGUUAUUACUUAGUGACAAAACGUUUACAUGACUUCAUAAA